AUGCUUAAGCUUGAAGUACAAGACCAAUGUGCAGCUGUCCCGGUUCCUGGAUAUCUUCCAGUCUUCACCGCCACCGUAUCAGGGCUUUUAUCACUUGUCGCUGUUCCUUGUAACAUCUUCGUAUGCCUCAUUAUCAUGAAGAGCCCUCCUCAGUUCAAAAGCUUACGCACACCCUUUACUUACUUCAUUCUUAAUCUUGCUGCGACAGAUUUGCUCGUUGGCGCCGUAACUGAACCUGUCUCAGUGGUUUAUCACUUUAUGGAAGCGUGUUCCGUUACCUCUCUGAAAUUAGUCAAGAUUUUACACGUUGUGUAUUUCCUUCUGUGUACGGUGUCUGUAUUCAGUAUACUGGCAUUAACCCUCGAGCGCUGCUUUGCAAUUUCUAAGCCUUUAAAGUACAGACAAAGUGUGAAUAACUCCAGAGUGUUGCUUGCUGCGGGCAUAAUAUGGCUUUUGUUGCCCAUGUUCCUCGCACCUUAUUUUUAUCUAGGUUACCGCGCGUUUGCGUUCUUUUUCGCAAACUCUGUGAUCCUUCUAACAUUAUGUGUGUCAGUUACUGCGUACUUGAAGAUAAUUAAAACCAUUCGACACAGGAAGAAAUUCCGGAAGGAAAGUUUACAGGGGCUGUGCAUGGCUAAUCGAAAAGCAACGAUGUUCGAAGAGAAGCUUACCAACACAUUCACUUCGAUUCUGAUUCUGUUUGGAGUUUGCUACGUGAUACCAUGCAUUCUGAUGUACCUAAUGAAUUUAUGUACGCACUGCUCGUGCGAUUCCAUUCACUGGUUGCGUGACACAUCUUUCCUUGGCGUGACUUUAAACUCUGCGAUUAAUCCGUUUCUGUACGCAUGGCGCCUCCCGAGCUUUCGCCGCGCCUUGAGGAGAGUAAUUCCCGGAUAUGAAAGCAAUUUGCUAUUGGCUGCGGGUAGCCAACCAGAAGUUCGUUCAUCACUUAGAAGAACUUCGGUUGUUUCUGUUCCGUUGCAGAAUGGGCAAACAGUACUUUAA